AUGCUUGACCCCGGUCAAAAUGAUUUACAAGGACUAUGUUUGGAAUUUCGAAGUGCAGCAGAAGUGUGCUAUCACGUUGGAGUGUUUAUCGCACGCUCCUCCAUUAACAUCGUCAAACUCAACUUAAUUUGCAUUUCACUCACUGCUGUUAUUCAGACGUCCUUCGCUACGCUAAUAUUCUUUACUGCAAUAAACGCUUUCAUUCCCCACUUUGGUAUUGUGUGUGUUGUGAUGUUCAUAGUAGGCAUAGUUGGUGGAUGUAACUAUGCGAAUACAUUCUAUCACAUUCACAGAAAGGUGGAUCCAACGAUUCGCGAGUUUGCCUUGUCGACUGUCACUUUUGCAGAUACCAUUGGUAUCCUUGCAGCAGCUAUGGCCGCUAUUCCAAUACAUAAUUGGAUUUGCGCCAUGCCAUGGUAUGGCUAG